AUGAGAUCAUUGCUCUCAACCUUCUAUGGAACAGAUCUAUGCCAGGCUACUUAUUGCUUAUUCUUUAAAUCUCUUGCUGCUGCGGCACAGGCGAUAGGCUUUGGAGGACCAAUUCCUUCUCUUGGUGUAUUUUCACAUAAACGAACUAUGAUUCAACUUUUUUUGAUUAAUAUCAAGCAUACUGCUACUGAGUUUGAAGCAAUUAUGAAUCGUAUAUCUGAGUUGGAACGCAUAUUUGAAAAAAAAGAUGCUUCACGAUCAAAGUUAAAGGACGAAUUAGCAAUGCUCUAUCGUGAGUUGGAGGUCCAGAAGCAAAAAAUGGAACAAGUUGAGACAUUGUAUAAGCAGGCAGAAGAUGAACUUCUUGCAACGGAAUCCAGAAGUGCAUCAUUGUCCGAAAAGGCAAGCAUCAUUUUCACUUCUUCUGCAAUGAAUCAACGCGUCUCAAAAAGCCCAGAGAAACUUCCAAAAGCAAUUUCCCAGGCAAAGGAUGAAUUACAAAAACUUGAGUCCUCCAUAAAGACCCUUUACGAACAGCAAGCAAAGCACAAUCAGCGGUUGAAAGAUUUAGAUACAAUCGAAGCCACAGUCGAAAAUAAACUCAAGGCCUUAAUCGCAAGAGCAUAUGAACUUUGUGAUAGACACACUUCUCUCUUGUCUUCAAUACAGGAGCUUCGUGAAAAUAACACUCAAACAUCGGUGCGCGCGCACAGCGACGCUUCUACAGAGGCUGAGAAAAAGCUAGAAACUUUGAAGGACAAAAUUGUACGACUAGAGCUUUAUAUUGACACCGCUACAUCAUCACUUAAGGAAACAGAACUUCGUCUUGAGGAGCAAAGAAACAGGUAUUCAGAGGUAAGUUGUCAUGAUUCGUCUCUGGCUGAAUAA